CUCAGCUCGAUUGUGUGUACAUCAUAAUAGCUCAAGUUUUGUUAUGGUUGCAUCUUUACUUUAGAUUUCAUUGUUUUGAAUGGUGGCUUUAGUGAUAGCUGAAAUACACGUGCUCUUUGUUAUUCAUAUCACAGAGCGGUUACAUUGGGGUGAAAGUUUCAUGGAGAAUGGGGAUGAUGUGAGACAGGAUCGAGUGGUUGAAGCACGGGCCAGAAAUAUAAGCCACAACGUGCGGUGCACUGAAUGUGGUAGUCAAUCUAUUGAAGACUCGCAAGCUGACAUCGCCAUUCUCCUCCGCAAGUUAAUACGAGAUGAGAUUCGGUCUGGUAAAAAUGACAAAGAGAUCUACAAGAAGCUGGAGGAAGAUUUUGGAGAGACAGUGCUUUAUACACCAAAAUUUGAUAUACAAACAGCGGCUAUAUGGCUGGCACCGCUUACACUUACUGGUGGCGCUGUGUUGAUAUGGGCAUUCAAGAGAUACAGGCGAAAGAAUAAUGUGCAUAUCAUGGCUCUAGACCUCGUCCGAGGAGUCCCAUUGACUCCGAAGGAGAAGGAGGCGAUGCUUGAGCUUCUGACGCCACCUUCUACUCGAUGGUGGGGAAAAUGGCUUCCUCGAUGAUUCGAGAGUGUCGAACUUUUCAUUCUGUUGCAAACUUGAUUUUAGAAAAGUGCAGCAACUGAAAUAAAUAUUUGUUAUGUGGUGUUGAAACAUUAAAUCUGUAAGUUCUUAUUAUUCAUAUAAAGGUAUUUUGUUUGGGCUAUAA